GCCGUCUAUUGGAUCACCCUGUUGUCAGUUCUAUCCUCCAGCUCUGAAUGCCGCACGGCCAGGGAAGCAUGAAGAUAACCAACGAUAAGCGGGAUACAUCGCUGUAGUACGGAAGAAGACGGAGGACGCUCUCUGCUAUGCUGCACUCCAGACAGAAUGGGUGAGCAUCAGACGUACGUGAAGCUCAAUGAAGAGAAACAUAUACCAAAGUCUGACAUCUUGUCUCUACUGAAAACCUAUAAUUGUUACCAUGAAGGGAAAAGCUUCCAGCUGAGGACUCGUGAGGACGAUGGAGAGCUCAUCCUCGAGGGGUUGCUGAACAUCUACUGGGGUCUACGUCGACCAAUCAGACUUCAGAUGUACGAUGACAAUGAAAGAUUCCGUCUCAACCGAAACGACAGAUCUUCUGUGGCUUCCGCGGAGUCUAACAAUAAUUCACUGGGCAGAGAAACUGCACCAGCAGGUGGUGAUGUGGGUGGUCAGGAGGAAGAAGAGUCUCCUCAGCUGCUGAGGACCAGGAGUGAUGCUUCCUUUAUGCGGGUUCAAAGGAGGUCAAAGACACACACUGCCAGAGACCUGCAGCGCUUGCGCACACACAGGUUCUCAAUCAACGGACACUUCUACAACCACAAGACGUCUGUGUUUACUCCAGCCUAUGGUUCGGUCACUAACGUACGAGUAAACAGCUCCAUGACAACUGCACAAGUCCUCAACCUGCUGCUACAUAAGUUUAGGGUGGAGAAUAAUUCUGAAGAGUUUGUCCUAUAUAUGGUGCAUGAGUCUGGUGAGAGGACCCGCCUGAGGGACGGUGAAUACCCACUGGUGGCUCGUGUGCUUUAUGGACCCUGUGAGAAAAUUUCCAAGAUCUUCAUCAUGGAGGCCGACCUGGGAGAGGAAGUCACGUAUGAUGUUGCCCAGUACAUAAAGUUUGAGAUCCCUGUUUUAGACAGCUUUGUGGAGAAACUUAAAGAGGAAGAAGAGCGCGAGAUAAGCAAACUGACCAAAAAGUACAGUGCUUUGAGGUCGAUGAUUCUGCAUCAACUCGAAGGCAGAGAUCACACAGUGUAGAGUAGUGUGUGUGUGUGUGUGUGUGUGUGUGUGUGUGUGUGUGUGUGUGUGUGUGUGUGUGUGAGUGAGUGGCGUGGGAAGGCGUGGGUGCAACACUAAUGAUUGCUGAUUUACCGUGGGAACAUUUCCAGAUACUGUAGUGUGAAUGUAGAGGUAAAGGUAAAAGAGUAAAAGUGAAGGCUGCAAUAGAACCAUAUCAUACACCAAUGUGCUUCUACUUUUAGAAUUACAUAUCUCAACAGUUUGUAUGAUCUGUUUUGUUAAUGUUAUUACGAUACUAAGUGUUUUGAUAACUCUGCAAUUAUUAUAUUCACAUUUUGUAUUAAAAUUCUUACUGCAAAGAUGGAUAUUUGUACGUUCGGUUUUUGGUAAUGUUUUCUCUGACUUGGACCUUUUUAUGUAAUAAAUCAGUUUUAAUGUGGCCUUUAUAAAUGCUGCUGGAUCUCUGCUGACACCAAACAUAAUACUGAGCUCAGACUUCCCACAAAGAAAACAGCCAUCUUUAUUAUUUCCUGUACUUCCAUGGUGACUGGAGCGCAGAUUAGCAUUGUUCUUCUGAGUGAUCCACUGU